UUUGAUUUUGAUUUAGAAUUUUUGAAUCGUUAGAAAUGGUUCGAAGAACAUCAAGUUAAUCAGAUUAAUAAUUAUCUUUCAAAUUCGAUUAAAAUAAGUAUUCAUAUUUUUUUUUAUUUGUGCCAAUAGCCAAAAUACCCAGUCUAAUAAUUGUAUGAUGUACAAUUAUAUACCAUACUUCAAACCUAACCUAUAAAAGUUUUCAAAUAAUAAUUAUACUUCGAUCUUUAACAUUCAUAUCCUUUUAACUGUUGAACAAUGAGAUAUGCGCAACUUGUAGUUGGGCCUGCUGGCAGUGGUAAGUCCACAUACUGCUCAACAUUGGUAAAACACGCCACAGACACAAAGCGUAUUAUAGAAGUUGUGAACUUUGACCCAGCCGCCGAACACUUUGAUUAUGAACCGUUGGUAGACAUCAGAGAGCUGAUACAUUUGGACGAUGCUAUGGAAGAUGAAGAUCUACAGUUUGGACCUAAUGGAGGACUUGUGUUUUGCUUGGAAACUUUACUAGAAAACUGUGAUUGGCUAGAAGAGCAGCUAGGUGACGUAGACGACGACUACAUCCUGUUUGACUGUCCAGGUCAGAUAGAGCUGUACACACACUUACCGGUCAUCAGAAAACUUGUGGACACACUCGAAAAAUGGAACUUCAGGAUAUGUGUUGUCUUCAUGAUUGAUUCACAAUUCAUGGUGGAUGGAGCAAAGUUUCUAUCGGGAACAAUGGCUGCCCUUAGUGUGAUGGUAAACUUAGAACUGCCACAUGUUAACAUUUUAACCAAAAUGGAUUUACUUAGUAAAUCAGCACGAAAACAGAUUGACAAUUAUCUAGAUCCAGAUCCCCACAUUUUACUGGCGGACAUGAGAAAUUCUAAUUCAAAAUGGCAUGAGAAAUAUGCUAAACUAACUGAAUCGAUUGGAGAAAUCAUAGAGAACUUUAGUUUAGUUAGAUUCUAUCCACUCAACAUCAAGGAUGAAGAGAGCAUAGACAAUAUACUGCUGACAAUAGACAAUAUCAUCCAAUAUGGUGAGGAUGCUGAUGUUAAAAUAAGAGAUUUUGAAGAACCAGAACCAGAUGAUAUUGAUGAGAAUGAUAUAUAAUAAUAAUAAUAAAUAUUUUCUUUACAA